GUCUGCAGAGCCUUUUCGCUGUGUAUAAAUACCAGUUCGUGAUAGAUAUGUUUGCGCCACACACACACUCACACACACAAGUCGAGCUACGAACCAAAUUUAAGCACUUCUACGAUUAUGGGAAACGUGUACGACACCAUCCGACUGCCCAAAGAUACUGAUGGUACGAUUCUCAACGCCCUCGCUACCAAGUUCCGCGCAUUCAAGCUCCAUGCACUUAAAGUCGCCCCGGAAGCUUUUCCAGCAGAAUUUGAUAGCGAAUCUCGACUUCCACAAUCGAUAUGGCUUAGCAUUAUUACCAAACCAGACACGACGAUCUUCAUCUGCGUCGCGACUGCAAAAGACAAGGACAAGGAACCAUCAAUUUCUGGCGACAAGCAGUUAAGAACCUUGCUAGACGGCGAGUGGACAGGAACGUUUACCAUCAUUGGCCCAGUCUCGCGCGACGACUACAUCUGGCCUAAGUCCGGUCAACCAGAACCAGGUCCCGAAGGAUCAGAGACCCGUUGGCAACUUACAGGUCUUUUCACGCUGCCUGCGUAUCGCGGCCAUGGUAUCGCGAAACGGCUUACCGAAGCAGCAAUCAAAUUUGGGAAACUUGCAUCAGAUGAGAUGGGCAGUGCAUCCGAGAGAGAUCUUCGGACGCGUAUUAGGCUUGUUGUACACCCUAACAAUACAGGCGUUGUCAAGAUGUAUGAGAAAUUUGGGUUCGUAGAUAGCGCAAGGAUGACAGUAGCAGAAGCCUGUAUUGCCAAUGGAGCUGCGGACAUAGUACCUAGGUAUGCUGAUCCUAAAAAGUGGCAUACUAGGGUUGGCAUUGCUAUGGAGAUCUUGGUUUAGUCAAAAAUUAGGUGUACGUACAGGGAAGUUGUCGAAGUUCGCACGUGGGCUAGCAAAACUUGGUUUCCAAAGCUCAAAGACGUCUUCAAAAUAAGAGACUUUGUAACAGUUUAGGGGAGAAGCAGAUCACGUGUUGUUAGCGGUGGUCUGGUGCUACUUCCUCAUGUUGUUGAGCACCUCUUACCUCAGCUGCAUCACAAACACGUCAUCAAAACAGACCCCGCA